GCCGCCGCGGCGGGCUGUGCCCGAGCAGCCAUGGACGAGUGCGCCGACGAGGGCGGGCGGCCGCAGCGCUGCAUGCCCGAGUUCGUCAACGCCGCCUUCAACGUGACCGUGGUGGCCACCAACACGUGUGGGACUCCGCCCGAGGAGUACUGUGUGCAGACCGGGGUGACCGGGGUCACCAAGUCCUGUCACCUGUGCGACGCCGGGCAGCCCCACCUGCAGCACGGGGCAGCCUUCCUGACCGACUACAACAACCAGGCCGACACCACCUGGUGGCAAAGCCAGACCAUGCUGGCUGGGGUGCAGUACCCCAACUCCAUCAACCUCACACUGCACCUGGGAAAAGCUUUUGACAUCACCUAUGUGCGCCUCAAGUUCCACACCAGCCGCCCGGAGAGCUUCGCCAUUUACAAGCGCACGCGGGAAGAUGGGCCCUGGAUUCCUUACCAGUACUACAGUGGCUCCUGCGAGAACACCUACUUGAAGCCAAACCGUGGCUUCAUCAGGACAGGGGGGGACGAGCAGCAGGCCUUGUGCACCGAUGAAUUCAGUGACAUUUCUCCUCUUACUGGGGGCAAUGUGGCCUUUUCAACCCUGGAAGGAAGGCCCAGCGCCUACAACUUUGACAACAGCCCUGUGCUUCAGGAAUGGGUAACUGCCACUGACAUCAGGGUAACUCUCAAUCGCCUGAACACGUUUGGAGAUGAAGUGUUUAACGACCCCAAAGUUCUCAAGUCCUAUUAUUAUGCAAUCUCUGAUUUUGCCGUGGGUGGCAGGUGUAAAUGUAACGGACACGCAAGUGAGUGUGUGAAGAAUGAAUUUGACAAGCUGGUGUGUAACUGCAAACAUAACACGUAUGGAGUAGACUGUGAGAAGUGUCUUCCUUUCUUCAACGAUCGUCCGUGGAGGAGGGCAACUGCCGAGAGUGCCAGCGAGUGCCUGCCCUGUGACUGCAAUGGUCGAUCGCAGGAAUGCUACUUUGACCCUGAGCUAUACCGUUCCACUGGCCAUGGUGGCCACUGUACCAACUGCCGGGAUAACACAGAUGGCGCCAACUGUGAGAGGUGCCGAGAGAACUUCUUCCGCCUUGGAAACCACGAAGCCUGCUCUCCAUGCCACUGUAGUCCUGUUGGUUCUCUCAGCACACAGUGUGAUAGUUACGGCAGAUGCAGCUGCAAGCCAGGAGUGAUGGGUGACAAGUGUGACCGUUGCCAGCCUGGGUUCCAUUCGCUUACUGAGGCAGGGUGCAGGCCAUGCUCUUGUAAUCCUUCUGGCAGCAUAGACGAAUGCAAUGUUGAAACAGGAAGAUGUGUCUGCAAAGACAAUGUCGAAGGCUUCAAUUGUGAGAGAUGCAAACCUGGAUUUUUUAAUCUAGAAUCAUCUAAUCCUAAGGGUUGCACACCCUGCUUCUGCUUUGGACAUUCUUCUGUCUGUACAAAUGCUGGUGGCUACAGUGUUUAUUCUAUAUCCUCUGCCUUUCAAAUUGGUGCUGGAUAUUUGGAUGAUGUCAGUCUGACAAGUGCUCGUCCUGGGCCUGGGGUCCCUGCAACUUGGGUGGAGUCCUGCACCUGUCCUGUGGGAUAUGGAGGGCAGUUUUGUGAGAUGUGCCUCUCAGGUUACAGGAGAGAAACUCCGAGUCUUGGACCAUAUAGUCCAUGUGUGCUUUGUACCUGCAGUGGACACAGCGAGACCUGUGACCCUGAGACAGGUGUUUGUAACUGCAGAGACAAUACGGCUGGCCCCCACUGUGAGAAGUGUAGUGAUGGGUACUAUGGAGAUUCAACCAUGGGCACCUCCUCUGAUUGCCAACCCUGUCCAUGUCCUGGGGGCUCAAGUUGUGCUGUUGUCCCCAAGACAAAGGAGGUGGUGUGCACCAAUUGUCCUACUGGCACCACUGGUAAGAGGUGUGAGCUCUGUGACGAUGGCUACUUUGGAGACCCUCUGGGUAGAAACGGCCCUGUGAGGCUUUGCCGCCUGUGCCAGUGCAAUGACAAUGUCGAUCCCAAUGCAGUUGGAAAUUGCAAUCGUUUGACAGGAGAAUGCCUGAAGUGCAUCUAUAACACUGCAGGCUUCUAUUGCGACCGGUGCAAAGAUGGAUUUUUUGGAAAUCCCCUGGCUCCCAAUCCAGCAGACAAAUGCAGAGCCUGCAGUUGCAAUCCCUAUGGGACAGUGAAACAGCAGAGCAGCUGUAACCCCGUGACUGGGCAGUGCGAGUGUCUGCCGCACGUGACUGGCCGGGACUGCGGAGCUUGUGACCCUGGAUCCUACAACCUGCACAGCGGGCAAGGCUGUGAGAGGUGUGACUGCCAUGCUCUGGGUUCCACCAACGGGCAGUGUGACAUCCGCACUGGCCAGUGUGAAUGCCAGCCUGGCAUCACUGGUCAGCAUUGUGAGCGCUGUGAGGUCAACCACUUUGGGUUUGGACCUGAAGGCUGCAAACCCUGUGACUGUCAUCCUGAGGGGUCUCUUUCACUCCAGUGCAAGGACAACGGUCGCUGUGAGUGCAAAGAAGGCUUUGUGGGAAAUCGCUGUGACCAAUGUGAAGAGAACUAUUUCUACAAUCGGUCUUGGCCUGGCUGCCAGGAAUGCCCAGCUUGUUACCGGCUAGUGAAGGAUAAGGUGGCUGAACAUCGAGUGAAACUCCAGGAGUUAGAGAGUCUCAUUGCAAACCUUGGAACUGGGGAUGAGAUGGUGACAGAUCACGCCUUUGAGGAAAGACUAAAGCAAGCAGAGAGAGAGGUUAUGGACCUCCUUCGUGAGGCCCAGGACAUCAAAGAUGUAGACCAAAAUUUGAUGGAUCGCCUCCAGAGAGUGAAUAACACUCUGUCCAGCCAAAUUAGCCGUUUACAGAAUAUACGAAAUACCAUUGAAGAGACUGGAAACUUGGCUGAACAAGCACGUGCCCGAGUGGAGAGCACAGAGCGGUUGAUUGAAAUUGCAUCCAGAGAACUUGAGAAAGCGAGAGUUGCCGCUGCCAAUGUGUCAGUCACUCAGCCAGAGUCUACGGGGGACCCAAACAACAUGACUCUCUUGGCAGAAGAGGCUCGAAAGCUCGCUGAACGCCAUAAACAAGAAGCUGAUGACAUUGUACGAGUGGCAAAGACAGCCAAUGAUACGUCAACUGAGGCUUAUAAUCUGCUUUUGAGGACAUUGGCAGGAGAAAAUCAAACAGCAGUUGAGAUUGAAGAGCUUAAUAGGAAGUAUGAACAAGCGAAGAACAUCUCGCAGGACCUAGAGAAGCAAGCUGCCCGAGUGCAUGAGGAGGCCAAGCAGGCUGGUGACAAAGCUGUGGAGAUCUAUGCCAGUGUGGCUCAGCUGACCCCUGUGGACUCAGAGGCACUGGAGAAUGAAGCAAAUAAAAUAAAGAAAGAAGCUGAGGAUCUGGACCGUCUGAUUGACCAGAAGUUAAAAGAUUAUGAGGACCUCAGAGAAGAUAUGAGAGGGAAGGAAUUUGAAGUAAAGAACCUUCUGGAAAAAGGAAAGACUGAACAGCAGACGGCAGACCAACUCCUAGCCCGAGCUGAUGCUGCCAAGGCUCUUGCUGAAGAAGCCGCUAAAAAGGGACGGAAUACCUUACAAGAAGCCAAUGACAUUCUCAACAACCUGAAAGAUUUCGAUAGACGCGUGAAUGACAACAAGACAGCUGCAGAGGAGGCCUUAAGGAAGAUUCCUGCCAUUAACCAGACCAUAGCUGAAGCCAAUGAAAAGACGAGGGAAGCACAGCUGGCGCUGGGCAAUGCCGCAGCAGAUGCCACGGAGGCCAAGAACAAGGCCCACGAGGCAGAGAGGAUCGCAAGCGCUGUCCAAAAGAAUGCUACCAGCACCAAAGCAGAAGCUGAACGAACUUUUGCAGAAGUUACAGAUCUGGAUAAUGAGGUGAACGAUAUGUUGAAGCAACUACAGGAGGCAGAGAAAGAGCUGAAGAAAAAACAGGAUGAUGCUGAGCAGGAUAUGAUGAUGGCAGGGAUGGCUUCCCAGGCUGCUCAGGAAGCUGAGAUCAAUGCCAGAAAAGCCAAAAACUCCGUCACUAGCCUCCUCAGUAUUAUUAAUGACCUCUUGGAGCAGCUGGGGCAGCUGGACACGGUGGACCUAAACAAGCUAAAUGAGAUCGAAGGCAGCCUGAACAAAGCCAAAGAUGAAAUGAAGGUCAGCGAUCUUGAUAGGAAAGUGUCAGACCUGGAGAACGAAGCCAAGAAGCAGGAGGCUGCCAUCAUGGACUAUAACCGAGACAUUGACGAGAUCAUAAAGGACAUUCACAAUCUGGAGGACAUCAGGAAGACCUUACCAUCUGGCUGCUUCAACACCCCGUCCAUUGAAAAGCCCUAGCAUCUUUAGGGAUGGAAGGCAGCACCCCUGUGACAGGGGAGCAGUUGUGAGGCCACAGAGUGCCUUGACACAAAGAUUACAUUUUUCAGACCCCCCACUUCUAUGCCGCUUUCCAUCACUGUCCUUUUGAACCAGGAAAAGUCACAAAGUUUAAAGAGAAGCAAAUUAAACAUCCUGAAUCAGAAACACAAGGUUUUAUCUAAUAAAGUCUCUCUUCCACUCACGUUGCUACCUUA